AUGGCUUCUCCGAAUAGUGCUCCUCAGUCUGCUGUAACUGCAACAGUAUUGCCAUCGCAACUACCAACCACUGUUUCAACUUUAUCAGCACCGAUUGCCAAAUCCACACCACUCUACAAGCGUUUUCUUCCGUCUGAUCGAACAAUUAAAGGUGUUUUCAUUGGUGGUUUAACGGGCGGUAUCGAAAUAUGCAUCACAUUCCCAACCGAAUACGUUAAAACACAGUUGCAACUUGAUGAGCGAUCUGCACAUCCACAAUUCAAGGGUCCGAUAGAUUGCGUGAAGAAAACCGUCCGAACAAAGGGAUUCUUUGGUCUUUAUAGAGGUCUAUCUGUUUUAAUCUAUGGCUCAAUACCAAAAUCUGGAUUCAGGUUCGGAACAUUUGAGUUCCUUAAAGGACACGCUGUAGAUGAACAAGGCAAUUUACCACCUAUAAUGCGUAUGCUGUGUGGUUUAGGAGCAGGUCUAUCUGAGGCUGUCUUCGCGGUCACUCCAAUGGAGACGGUCAAAGUGAAAUUCGUUCAUGAUCAGAUGUUACCGAAGCCAAGAUAUAAAGGGUUUCUGAAGGGUGUCACUAUGAUUGUUAAAGAAGAAGGAUUCAGGGGUCUUUAUCAAGGUGUCACGGCCACAAUGGCUAAACAAGGUACAAAUCAGGCGAUUCGAUUCUUCGUUAUGGAAACGCUUAAGGAUUGGUAUCGUGGAGGUGACAGUUCGAAGACCGUGAAUAAGCCUGUAACAGCGGUAUUUGGUGCGAUCGCGGGUGCGUGCUCCGUAUAUGGCAACACACCGAUUGAUGUGGUUAAAACCCGUAUGCAGGGUCUUGAGGCGAAAAAAUACAAGAAUACGAUCGAUUGUGCGGUCAAAAUUUGGAAAAAUGAAGGAUUCUUCGCAUUCUACAAAGGUACAGUUCCGAGAUUGAGUCGGGUGUGUUUGGAUGUAGCAAUAACAUUCACUAUAUACGAUUCCAUAAUGGAAUUCGUUAACAAAUAUUGGAAAGUUGGCAGUUAA